AUGUCGACGUCCAAUUGGGCCUCCACCCCGCCCAUUCCGAGCGACAAGCGUCCCAUCGUUCUCUCCGGUCCUUCUGGUGUCGGCAAGAGUACGCUGCUCAAGAAGCUCUUUGCUGAGUUUCCAGGUGAUUUUGGCUUCUCCGUCUCUCACACGACCCGUGAUCCGCGUCCGGGGGAGACGCGCGGUCAGUCGUACCAUUACGUCUCGCACGCCGAGUUCGAGGAUCUCAUCGCUGCCGGCGCCUUCUUGGAACACGCGCAGUUCGGCGGCAACCGCUACGGCACCACUGCCAAAGCCGUCGCCGACGUCUCGACGGAAGGCGUCUCGGGCGCCGAUGGAAGCACCAACGCCCGCCGCGCCGUGCUCGACAUCGAUGCCCAAGGUGUCAAGCUCAUCAAGCAGAACCACCCCUCUCUCAACCCCAUCUACAUCUUUAUCGGCCCCCCAAGCUUCGGCGUGCUGAAGCAGAGGCUGACCGGCAGGGGAACGGAAACAGACGAGAGCGUGAGGAAGAGGUUGAACAUGGCACACGGCGAGAUGAAGUUCGCCCGCGAGGGUGGGCACGAUUGGGUGGUGAUCAAUGACGAUCUGGAGCGGGCGUAUGGGGUGCUCAAGCGUGCGAUCGAUGGGACGCUGAAGAAGGGAGAGGACGAUAAGAUGCCAGACAUGGACGAGGAGGAGAAGGAGUGGGAGAAGUCGCAGCAGUAG